AUGGCUGAUUGUAAGCCUCUUUCCACUCCGGCUUCUACGACCAAGCCUGUUACUCCAUCUGAUGAGGUAUAUGACAAUCCUACCCAAUAUCGGCGUUUGGCGGGUGCUUUGCAAUAUCUCACUAUUACGCGCCCUGAUCUUUCCUAUGCAGUCAACAAACUGUGUCAGUUCAUGCAUGCUCCUACACUCGAACAUUGGGGACUUUUGAAACGUGUAUUACGCUACGUUAAAGGCACCUUGCAUUAUGGACUGCGUUUUUCACGUUCGUCCUCUUCUGCCAUUCAUGCCUACUCAGACUCAGACUGGGCGGGAUGUCCUAUUGAUCGCAAGUCCACAAGUGGCUAUGCCGUCUUUCUCAGUGAUAAUCUAGUUUCCUGGGUCUCCCGCAAGCAACGCACCGUUGCUCGCUCAUCCACUUAG